UCAUGUAAUAUGUACCCUAUUUUGACAAUGUGAUGUUAAAUCCUCUGUCACAAGAGCCAAGCUUCAACGUUUGGGGCUAACGGCUUUUAGCUGAGCUUCGGCGGAGGCCUUUUGCCGAACUUUGGUGGCAGCGGAGGCCUUUAGCCUAGCUCCAGCAUCCGGGGCUAACGGCCUCCGCCGCCUGGAAGCUCGGCUCGCGGCCCGCCGCCGGAGCUCCCUCCUCAGACGCCGCGUCAUUCCCGUCCGAACAACCAUCCACGGCUGCCGGCUUGGAGCUCCGGGGGCCUUUGUUUACGCACUUAUGUCCCACGCGUAGGCCUCCGAGUAGUCAGACUCCGCGUCAUUCCGCCUGAAGAACCAUCCGAAUAUUCAACAUUUAUAAAUCUGCAUGGAAGUAUUCCUCCAUCUUCCAUAACGGUGUCCUAUUUAAUCGAGCGUUUGGAGCCGCACGUAACACGUCACGUAUGCCCACGUAGGUCAAGUGACUCGCGAAAAUGGCAACGCCCCAGAAAAUCUGUAAUUGUCGAUUGAAAUCUUCUCAAAACACUAUUAAAUGAGAGAGGAUUUAACAUCACAUUGUCAAGAUAGAGUACAUAUUACAUGACCUACUGGACACAUUGUUAAUGCAUACCAGUGGAUUUCCCCUUUAACAACUGUUAAUAAAUACAAAUUCUCACCGAAGUAACCAAUCCCAUAUUCAUUCGAUAAUUCAUGUGCUUUGGAAGUGGUCCAGCAUUUUCCAAUUACAACACUCAUUUUCCCUCGUGUCUCAUUUCAUCUCUCUAGUGCACCACUUCCCUUCGGGAAUCUAUUGUUUACCUCCUCUGUGAGUUGCAUCUGGUCGACCCGUGUCGUCACAGCGCUGAGUCAUCGCGCCGUCACGGGGUUGCAUGAUAAGUGCGCGUCGUGUGAUUAAGAGGGGAAUAUGUGUGAUUUUUAUGGAUCCUGUAAUUUCCUCAUUCACGCGCUGACACAUUGCCGCAAGGGAAAGGAGUACGUGCUUCAAGAGAGCAACCGCUCUUCGCUGACCCACACGAACUCCUGUGACCUCGCGUUGAAAAAAGAGUGAAAGUGAGUGAGGAAGAGAGAGAGAGAAAGUGGAGGAGUGGAGAGGCACUGGAACCCGGUAGAACUCUGCGUACGUGGACUAAGCGUCUGCGGCCGUGACAAGACCUCCAUAAUAUCGUCUAGUUGAUUAGGAAAACCGUUCAAGGAAGCAUGGUGGCGGACGUGGAAGGGAUUAUCCGUUGCAUCAGGCACGGCGACGUGAGCGUGGUCCAUGCCCAGCUGCGGGAAUUCAACACCGAGUACGCCCAGUGUUUCUUCUUUGACGCAGAGGAGAGGGACAGGAGGAAAUUCAAGAAGAAUAAAGUCAGGGACUGCAGCGAGUCCGACUCCGAGUGCGAUGAGAACGACCAGGAAGACCGUGGCCUCCUCCUCAGACAGAGUUUGUCCGCGGUGCUGGUGAGGUUCAUAAGAGCAGGAGUCCCGUGUUAUCUGCUGCCGGUCGCCCUGCGCACCCUCAGGAUCCUCUCCAGAGACAAGAGGGUCCUGGGCCCCCUGGUGACCGACGAGGCUCUCCUCACUCUGGCCAAGUUGGCAGGGCUGAGCACAUGCGAGACAAACGACGACGUCGUUGACCCUGACUCGGAUUUCUACGAUAACAUCAUCGCAUCUCUCGCCGAGGAGGUUAAAACGCCGGCGUGCUGCGGGGACGCCGCCGCCGCCGACGUCCCAAAUCAAGAGUUCUCGGCCUUCGAGGACGACGCGAAAAGCGACGUCUGCAGCGACCCGGACAGCAUCAGCUGGCCCGGCAGCCACAGGCCCAGCAUUAACGAAACGCACAGAGGGAGCAUCCAUCAUAAGGAACUGGAGCGAGGGAGGAAGGACCGUCGGGAGAGCAAGAUGGAGGGCGAAGGCGAGGAGGAGGAUGGAGUGCCGGGAGAGGAGAUGCAGAGGAAGGAGGCUUUAAAGAUCUUGUGUAAUGUGGUCUACAAUAGCACCUGGGCACAGGAGAGGUUCAGCGCUCUCAGGCUCAUCGGCGGUCUCCGGGAGCUUCUCGCCUCCAGUGUCAGUUGCCCGGCACCCUCCAGUGUUCAGUUCUACGAAUUGCGGCUCACUUUCCUUGUCACCGCACUGCGACCUGAGCUCAGCGCUCAGCUUCAGCAGGAGGCAGGCGUCUCCAUCCUCUCGGCCGCCCUGGAGCGCUGCCUGGAGGCUCAGUGGAAGGAGCAGUACGAGUGCGUGCUGGACUCGGCGGCGCCGCCCAUUUCUCUGGAGGCCUCCCAACGCAUCAUCGAGAUCCUCAAAAUCCUUUUCAACAUCACGCACAGGUCCCACAGGCAAGCGCCUGUGGAGGCUGAUGCAGCUCUUUACCGUCACCUAGCGGCGAUCCUGCGUCUCUGCAUGAUGCGGAAGUGCGUGAUGCCCGAGGACACUGAUGAACUGCAAGGUCACACCGUCAACCUUUUGUCGGCGCUGCCUCUCCAGUGUCUUGAUGUCCUCGUGACGGUCCCGCUGGAGCCCGACUCGGAGCAGUGCUAUGGCGUCAACAUGGACUGUGUCCAUACCCUGCUGCUGUUCAUGGAGAGACGCCUUGAAUUGGGGGAUAAAGUCAAAGAGAAACUGACCCCAAUCCUCAAUCUGCUGACAGAGAGCUGCCGAGCCCACAAGGAAACACGCCACUACAUCAGGAAAUAUGUCCUCCCUCCUCUGCGAGACGUCUCCCAAAGGCCGGAGGAAGGCUGCACGGUGAAGAGUCGUCUGAUCCGCCUCAUGACUCACCUGGACACGGACCUCAAACACUGCGCCGCUGACCUCAUUUUUGUCCUCUGCAAAGAAAAUGUCCGGCGAUUUGUCAAAUAUACCGGCUACGGCAAUGCAGCGGGGCUCUUGGCCACCAGGGGCCUUCUGGGCGGCUCGACGUCCAGAACCUACUGCAGCGAGACCGCCUACUCUAGCGACUCGGACUCGGAUACCGAGGAGUACCGUCGGGUUAAGGACCGAGUCAACCCGGUGACGGGGCGGCUGGAAGCAGAGCAGCCGGACCCCAUGGAGGGCAUGACUGAGGAGGAGAAGGAGGAGGAGGCCAAGAGGCUCAUCAGGAUCUUCAACAAGCUGUCCAGGGAUAAUAUUAUUCAGCCAAUGGGAGUGAACGCAGACGGGAAGCUGGUUCCGAUGGCAGGACUGCGGGAGAACAGCCUCACUGAAGAGUCGGCGUCAGACAAUGACACGGAUGAACCCGACAAAAUUCAAUGAAGUACAUUUUUUUUGUUCCUCUCUAAUAUCCUUUUAAUGUAUUGGUUCUCAAAGUGGGGCCUGGGGACCUCCACGGGGUCUACGAGCCAUAUCUUGGGUGUCUGCCAAAUUCAUUUGAAUUGAAUUAUUAUUAAGGUUGAAUUUCAAAAGUGCACGAUUACAUAUGGGGACCGGCACACUCAUGAAAUAAAGACAACCAAAUACUACUGCUAUUUUACCUUAGGAAGUUAUGAGCUCAAAUUAAGUUGACGUAUCAUCACAUAAAUCUUCCAUCCCUACAUCCCUGCAUAAAUAAAGUUGGGGAGGGUCUGGGGAACAAAAGCCAUUUUAUUAAGUGAA